AGGACGCUUUCAUCAAUAAAGAAGAACAGGAUCGCUCGUCGGUAACAAAUAGUUAUUGGCAAAUAAUAACAAUGAAAUCUAACAUCUCCUACAGAACAUUAUUGAAACUGCCGGUAAUUUAGAAUCGUCAACGGAAAAUGUCGUUGUAUGAAACAUCUGUGUUAAUUUUAAGCCCGUGACUUUGGUGACCUCAAGUUGAGCAUAUAAAACCGGAUGUAACAUAAAAUAUAUUUUUAAUUAUCCAAGCAAACGUACGAAAUUUUUAAAUAAAUACAAUUUAUAGAUUGAUCUUCACCAGUUAAUUACUGUAGGCUAGCAGAUGAAUUAACACAUUUUUAAAUAUUACAGUUACUUCAUGAUUUAUAUUUUUUGGUGUAAAUAUAAAUGCACAUUAUUGAAAUUGUUUUAUAAUCUCAUUUUUACGUAUUUUGUUAUCUUUGUCAAAAUCAUAUAUCAUGUUAUUAUUACAAUAAUAAACACAAAAGUUCGAGUUAGUGUAUGAUCAAAGUUUACGUUAGACAAUUGUACAGUUUGGCAAUAAUUUUGACAUGAGUUGCGCUCUAUUUAAAUAGUACGCAAUAAACACCGAAAGAAGUUUUAUUAAUGAAUUAAAAUAUUUACAAAAUGAGUAUAGUUUGUGCUGCAAGAAAUUGUAAAUACUCGUUAAAUGCUGAAGAUUCGUCACAUGUAAUUUUUAUUAAUUUUCCGAACAGCGAUACGUCUAAAGUAUGGGCUCACCAUUGUGGCAGAACAGACCUUAUAACAAAAUCUAAUGAAGAAUUACAUUUAAAUUAUUAUAUAUGUUCUCAUCAUAUUGAAGACCAUUAUUAUAUAAAUAAAACUGAUCCUAUUCUAAUAGACCAACAUGCUAUUCCUACAUUGUUUGGACCAAAUGUUCUAGCAGAAAAGAAUGCUCAAAAUAUAGUUACUAGAAAUGAACAAAUAGAAGGAACAGACAAUGUAGUACUAUCGUAUUGUGAUAUAGAUGCUGAGAUAGAUCAGUAUCGUGAUAUUAGUAUUAGAUUGUCAAAUUUAUGUAGAAUUUGUGGAGAACAAUCUUUGGAUGGUUUAGAGAUAUUCACUGAUAAAGGUAUAGAAUUGAAAUUAAAAGAGAAAAUGAAUUUACAUCUACCAAUAAUUCUUAAUGUGGAAGACUUAAUGCCACAGAAAUUAUGUACUAAUUGUUAUAAUAAACUGGAACUAGCACAUUUAUUAGUCAUUACUUCUUUAAAAACUGAUAUGAGAUUGAAGAAAUUUUUAAAUAUCAAUGAAGAAUUAAGUUAUGACAAUAAAUAUAAUGAAAUAGUAAAGAAGUGUUCUUUACAAUUAGCAGAAGAAAUGUAUGCAAAUGGAGCAGCUCAAAUUACGUCUAUGGAACUAUCGUCUAAUAAAGAAGAAGCAAUAAUAAUAAAUCAAGAUAGUCAGGAUAUAUCUAAAAAAUUGAAUUACUUACAGAAUAUUGAUUCUGAGAAAGCUAAUUGCUCAAACAAUGUGAAAAAAGAAAUGCAAUCUGAAUUAAACAUACUUAUUGAAUCAUUUAGUGAGAAAAAUGAAGAUAUUUCAACGGAUAAAACUGAACAAAAUGAAAUAACAAGUGGCAUCAAUGAAAUUACAUGUUUUCAUUGCAAAAAUUCAUUUAAAGCUCACGAAAUAUUUGAAAAUCACAAAAUGUUAUGUGAUAAAGAGGAAAUUACAAUACAGAAACAAAAAGAAAUUACUAAUAAUGUGAUCGGUAAUAAAUCAGAAGAGGAAGUAAUUAACUUUCAGUUUGAUAUAAAAAGCUGCAAUAUUUGUCAUAAAUGUUUUGACAAUGAAAAACAUUUUGCUGAGCAUAGGUCUUCAAAUUGUAAACCUUUUCUGGAAGAACAUUACAAAAUCGCAGGCAAAUCAAAUACAACUGAAAACGACUACAAUAUUUAUGAAAAUCCUGACAAUGUAAAUAUUGUUACAAUAAUGCAAACGAAUAAAAAAUGUGGUCAUUGUCAGUCCAUUUACAAUACUAAAAAAGAAUUAUUAAAUCACAUCACAGAAUUUCAUAAAGGUCAAUUGUUAUUUGCAUGUAUUAUUUGUAAUAAAAAUUAUGAAAAAUGGUCUAGCUUAGAUGUUCAUGAAGCUACUCACAGGGUAGAUAAACCUUACUUGUGUGAUCUCUGUGGAAAGAGUUUUAAACACUCCAAUAAUUUAAGAGGCCACAAAAGGAUUCAUUUAGAUGAUUCAAAGAAAAAACGGUAUAUCUGUGAAAUUUGUGGAAAUGCAUUUAGAUCUAGCUUAUUGUUACAUCUACAAUGUAGAUUUCAUUUGGGAGAACAUAUGAAUCAACAUAAUGGACAAAAACCUUACUGUUGUGAAAAAUGUGGAAAAGCUUUUUAUAAAAGAAUACAAUUAAGACAACACAAAUUGUCUCAUGGUAUGAAUAAACACAUUUGUCCAAUAUGUGGAGCAUCAUUUAACCGUAAAGGGAAUAUGAGUACACACCUUAAAAGGCAUAAUAAUGAAAGUGGCACAUACACAUGUAGUGUCUGUGCUUGUAAAUGUAAAUCAAUGAGUGAAUUGAAAUUACAUAGGAAAAAACAUACAGAAGAGGAUAUUCUGGAAAGUAUAAAGAAGAAAUCUACUGAUGGUAUGAGAUGGCAAUGUAAAAUUUGCAACCAGAUAUUUACAACGCGAACAGUUUUCUUAAAUCAUGAACUUAUACAUAAAGCACAAAAGGUGAACGUUGAAUGUGAUAUUUGUGGUAAACAAUUAGCAAGUAAGAAUUCUUUAGUUUAUCAUAAAAAAUCGAUGCAUUCUAAAGAAAAAGCACAUAUGUGUCAGUAUUGCGGGGAAUCGUUUGUUUCUAAAGAGGCGCGACUUAUACAUGAAAGGACACACACUGGAGAACGUCCGUAUGUUUGUAAAAUAUGUAAAAUGGAAUAUAAAUGUUCCAGCAACCUUAAUCAACAUAUGAAAAUUCAUUUGGCCAUUAAACCUCAUAGAUGUUCAUAUUGUAGUAAAAGUUUUACACGUAAGGGGGCAUUAGCUGUUCACGUAAGAAUCCAUACUGGCGAGAAGCCAUUUGCCUGCGAAACUUGCGGCAGAAAAUUUUCGCAAAAGAACGAUAUGUUGAAGCAUACAAAAACGCAUCGUACAAAAAUUUUAAAACGCGAACAAUGUGAUGAAGUUUUUACAAGAAAAAAGGAUAUACAGUGAUCUUGUAGUUCAAGAACAUAUAAAAGCUUAGCAAUAAGUGAAUUUUUUAAUGUGAACCAUACUGCCAAAUGCACUAUAUAUAUUUUGCUAUAUUAUACCUUAUUAGCUAAUUAAAUGACUAAUUUAAUGUGGAAAACUAUUUCUGCAAUUAUUUAAAUAAAACAAAUAUUUAAAUUUUAUUAUCAAAUUAUUCAGAUUACCAUUGUGUAUGUUAUCUUCAGUUACAGGUGAAAUAUGAUUAAUUCAAGUAUGGAAAGAAGUGUAUAAAACAAAUGUUUGAAUUGAUUUAAUAAUAGACUGUAUACUGAAGUAAAAUUUAAUUUUUUAAAUAAAGUAACUUAUUAACUUAACAAAACUAUCAGGAGCAAGGUAUUAGA